CCCCGCGAGGCGCCGCGCCCCCCGGCCCGGCCGCGCGGCCCGCUGGGGCCAUGGCGAAGAAGAGCGCCGAGAACGGCAUCUACAGCGUGUCCGGCGACGAGAAGAAGGGCCCCCUGAUCGCGCCCGGGCCCGACGGGGCCCCGGCCAAGGGCGACGGCCCCGCGGGCCUGGGGGCGCCCGGCGGCCGCCUGGCCGUGCCGCCGCGUGAGACCUGGACGCGCCAGAUGGACUUCAUCAUGUCGUGCGUGGGCUUCGCCGUGGGCCUGGGCAACGUGUGGCGCUUCCCCUACCUGUGCUACAAGAACGGCGGAGGUGUAUUCCUUAUCCCCUAUGUCUUGAUCGCCCUGGUCGGAGGAAUCCCCAUUUUCUUCCUGGAGAUCUCACUGGGCCAGUUCAUGAAGGCCGGCAGCAUCAACGUCUGGAACAUCUGCCCCUUGUUCAAAGGCCUGGGCUACGCCUCCAUGGUGAUCGUCUUCUACUGCAACACCUACUACAUCAUGGUGCUGGCCUGGGGCUUCUAUUACCUGGUGAAGUCCUUCACCACCACGCUGCCCUGGGCCACAUGUGGCCAUACCUGGAACACUCCUGACUGUGUGGAGAUCUUCCGCCAUGAAGACUGUGCCAAUGCCAGCCUGGCCAACCUCACAUGUGACCAGCUUGCUGACCGCCGGUCCCCUGUCAUCGAGUUCUGGGAGAACAAAGUCUUGCGGCUCUCUGGGGGGCUGGACGUGCCAGGGGCCCUCAACUGGGAGGUGACCCUGUGUCUGCUGGCCUGCUGGGUGCUGGUCUACUUCUGUGUCUGGAAGGGAGUCAAGUCAACAGGAAAGAUCGUGUACUUCACGGCUACAUUCCCCUACGUGGUCCUCGUCGUGCUGUUGGUGCGGGGAGUGCUGCUGCCCGGCGCCCUGGACGGCAUCAUCUACUAUCUCAAGCCUGACUGGUCGAAGCUGGGGUCCCCUCAGGUGUGGAUAGAUGCCGGGACCCAGAUUUUCUUUUCUUACGCCAUCGGCCUGGGCGCCCUCACGGCGCUGGGCAGCUACAACCGCUUCAACAACAACUGCUACAAGGACGCCAUCAUCCUGGCCCUCAUCAACAGCGGGACCAGCUUUUUCGCUGGCUUCGUGGUCUUCUCCAUCCUGGGCUUCAUGGCCACAGAGCAGGGCGUGCACAUCUCCAAGGUGGCGGAAUCAGGGCCCGGCCUGGCCUUCAUCGCCUACCCCCGGGCCGUCACGCUGAUGCCUGUGGCCCCCCUCUGGGCUGCCCUGUUUUUCUUCAUGCUGUUGCUGCUCGGCCUGGACAGCCAGUUUGUAGGUGUGGAAGGCUUCAUCACCGGCCUGCUCGACCUCCUCCCGGCCUCCUACUACUUCCGUUUCCAAAGGGAGAUCUCCGUGGCCCUCUGCUGCGCCCUCUGCUUUGUCAUCGACCUCUCCAUGGUGACUGAUGGCGGGAUGUACGUCUUCCAGCUGUUUGACUACUACUCGGCCAGCGGCACGACCCUGCUGUGGCAGGCCUUCUGGGAGUGCGUGGUGGUCGCCUGGGUGUACGGAGCCGACCGCUUCAUGGACGACGUCGCCUGCAUGAUCGGGUACCGCCCCUGCCCCUGGAUGAAAUGGUGCUGGUCCUUCUUCACCCCGCUGGUCUGCAUGGGCAUCUUUAUCUUCAACGUGGUGUACUACAAGCCGCUCGUCUACAACAACACCUACGUGUACCCGUGGUGGGGCGAAGCCAUGGGCUGGGGCUUCGCGCUCUCCUCCAUGCUGUGUGUGCCCCUCCACCUCCUGGGCUGCCUCCUCAGGGCCAAGGGGACCGUGGCUGAGCGCUGGCAGCACCUGACGCAGCCUGUCUGGGGCCUCCACCACUUGGAGUAUAGAGCUCAGGACUCCGAUGUCAGGGGCCUGACCACCCUGACCCCAGUGUCCGAGAGCAGCAAAGUGGUGGUGGUAGAGAGCGUCAUGUGACAGGCACCCCGGCUCACAUCACCAGCUCACCCUCUUGUAGCCAUAGCAGCCCCUGCUUCGGCCCCCAACCCCUCCCGGGGGCUUGCCUUUCCCUGACACUUUUGGGGGUCUGCCUGGGAAGGGGGGGGAAGCACCACGAGUGCUAACUAAAAUAACUUUUUUUCCAUUUUUAAUAAAACGCCAAAAAUAUCACAACCCACCAAAAAUAGAUGCCUCCCCACCCCCCACCCAAGCUGGUACACACGCUGCUUCCUAGGCCCUGCCCACCGCCCUCCCCCUAGUGCCCGCCGCAGAUGCGCCUCACCGGCCCCCAAGUGCGCCUGCCUCUCCGGGCUCUGCCCUGCACACCCCAGGGUGGCCCCUAGAGGAGGCAGCGGCGGCUGCUUGGGGGACAGGACAGGAGAGGGGAGGAGGGAGGUGGGGGAGGGGCUGCGGAACCAGGGCGAGUAUUUCAGCCGGGCUAGACCCCCUCUCCCCGUCCCUAUCCUAGAAGCUUAGAGAGCCAGCCAGCAAGGGAACCUUCCGGUUCCCGCGCCAAUUGCCACCAAUAUCAGUUGUGUGAGCUUGUGUACGAAUGCAUGUGUGCGUGAGUACGUAGGAUAAACCUAGAUCUCUUAGCAAAGGUGACUACCAGGUGUAAACUGUGCCUGUGGGCUAACGAGGCUUGUAUUUUGCACAUUUUAUAAAAACUUGAGGAAAAGAGAUUUCUGCUUGUAUAUUUCUAAAGAGAAAACCGCCCAGCGUCCCUCUCCUUGCCGCUCCCUGCCCCUCUCAGCACCCCUUAAGUCCUCUGCCCCAGCCAAGGAGUGUGAAUUUAUAGAUCUAAUUUUCAUAGGCAAAAGCUUCAAGCUGUUGAGCGCGCGAGUCUGUCGUGUGGGUGUGCAUGUGUAGCGCCCGGCCCCAGACCGGGUGGAGGAGUGCAUGGCCGUGGGGGGUGGGCGUGGGGGGGGCCGGAGCAUCCCCGCACCCCCUCUGCCCGCGAGGCGAGGCGGCGGGGUGAGCGGAGGCGGCAUCCUGACCCCUGGGGGACCUGGGGCUGCUCACCUGGAGCGCUCAGGCUCGCCCCCGCCCUGCCCCCUGGGCCGGGUGCCACUGCAGGGAUCUGAGGUGGGCACCGGCCAGGGAAGGGACCCCGGGCACAGCUCCCACCUGCGAGCUUAAGGCUGAUGCACUUUCCACGGCUCAAGUCUUCCAUGUAGCAGCUUUAAUUAACCCACGUGUGUGUCACGUCCGAUUCCGAGACAGCCGAGCGGACCCUAGAAAGGCUUCCCCCACCCUGCGCCACCCCGACGUCGGUCGGAGGGGUGGGACUGGGUGAGGGCGGGGGUCCGGCGGGGACAUUCUUACUGUGCUAAAAAGCCACUGCAAACAUAGCAAUAAAACAUGUCAUUUUCCAAA